CGUAACCAGCCGUUUCCAUCAACUUCAAACAGCCUUUUCGGAGCCUGGCAGCAGUGUGUGUCGCCUGGCUGUGCUGCUUCUCCCUCUGGCCUGACAACUGGAAACAUGCUUUCCUUCGCUUUCAGACAACUCACACGGCCAUUGUGCCAGCGAGCCCCAGUUCGUCUCAGUGUACGUGGACAGCAGUCCCAUGCUGCUACCCGUGCAGUGGAUGAAGAUCGACCAUGGACAGGCCAAGAGAGUCUGGCUCAGGACGACCCUGAGAUGUGGGAUCUGCUGCUAAAGGAGAAGGACAGGCAGUGCCGUGGAUUGGAGCUCAUUGCUUCAGAGAAUUUCUGCAGUCGAGCAGCUCUGGAGGCUCAGGGUUCCUGUCUAAACAACAAAUACUCUGAAGGCUACCCAGGGAGAAGAUACUAUGGUGGAGCCGAAGUGGUCGACCAAAUCGAGCUCCUGUGUCAGAAGCGAGCCCUUGAGGCCUUCGACCUGGACCCUGCUCUGUGGGGAGUCAAUGUCCAGCCGUACUCUGGUUCCCCCGCUAACUUUGCCGUCUACACCGCUGUGCUGAACCCCCACGACCGCAUCAUGGGCCUGGACCUGCCCGAUGGAGGACAUCUGACCCAUGGCUACAUGUCUGAUGUGAAGAGGAUCUCAGCGACCUCAAUCUAUUUUGAGUCCAUGCCCUACAAACUAAAUACCGCAACAGGACUCAUAGACUACGACCAGAUGGAAAUGACGGCCAAGCUGUUCCGACCCAAGCUCAUCAUCGCUGGCACCAGCGCCUAUGCCCGCCUCAUUGACUACGCCCGCAUCAAGAAGCUCUGCACAGACAUUAAGGCCUACUUGCUUGCUGAUAUGGCCCAUAUCAGUGGUCUGGUGGCAGGAAAAGCUGUCCCCUCUCCCUUUGAAUAUGCUGACCUGGUUACCUCCACCACACACAAAUCCCUGAGAGGAGCCAGGGCUGGCCUCAUCUUUUACCGCAAAGGUGUUCGUUCAGUGGACAAGAAGGGCAAGGAAGUCAUGUACGACCUGGAGGACAAGGUCAACUUCUCUGUCUUCCCCUCCCUGCAGGGUGGACCUCAUAACCACGCCAUCGCCGGUGUGGCUGUGGCACUGAGACAGGCCCAGUCUCCCAUGUUCAAGGAAUAUAUCAACCAAGUACUUAAAAACUCUAAAUCCAUGGCUACAGCUCUCCUCAGCAAAGGCUACACCCUGGUAUCAGGGGGGACGGAUAACCACCUGGUCCUGGUGGACCUCCGGCCUAAGGGCAUUGACGGGGCUCGUGCGGAGAGGGUGCUGGAGCUCGUGUCUAUCACUGCCAAUAAGAACACCUGCCCCGGGGACAAGAGUGCCCUGACUCCUGGUGGCCUCCGGCUGGGUGCCCCUGCCCUGACCUCCAGACAGUUCAAAGAAGGUGACUUUGUGAAAGUUGUGGAGUUCAUGGAUGAGGGCUUCAAGAUCGCCUUGGACGUAAAGAAAAAGACAGGGAAGCUUCAGGACUUCAAGAACUUCCUUCUUCAGGACCCAGAGACAGUGGCUCGCAUUGCCGACCUGCGGCAUCGCGUUGAAGCUUUUGCCAGGCCCUUCCCCAUGCCAGGCUUCCACGACCAUUAGGAAAGCCAAUAAAGAGUCAGGGGGGGCUUAGCAGCCAGGUGGCAGAAAGCUGGCUGGCAAGAAGCAUGCACGGAGAGGGGGGAAAUAUCAUUGCAGUGAAAUGUGGUUGAAGACACAAAACUUUCCUUUUUCCACUAAAAUCUGGGAAACCCAAUCUUUUUAUACCUUUGCACUCAUUCAUCAAUAUAUUCUUGUAAAAACAUGGCCUCCACUUUGAGGUGAAUAAACAAUCAAAUUUGAGCUGAAGAAACUAUUUUUUUUUCUAUUGUAGGUUGUCUUCAGUUGUCUUAAUACCAUUUCUGUACCAACAUGUCAGUUCAUCAGACAACGACGACCAACUGCUCUUAUUAUCACACUCUGUGACUUGAUUAGUGUCUAAACAGAUAUUCUCGUACGCUACACAGAUGAGUCUUAAUGCUGUAAACUGUCUUAAUUAGUGUUACAUGUAGAUUUUUAGAUACACAUACACUUUCUCUUGUCCUUAAAACUAGGUACACAAAGGUGUUUACGAGGUGAAAACAUAUUCCACCUUGGAUGUCUUUUUUUUUAAAUGAGAAAUGAACUCAAAAUGUUGUCGGGUGUAUCAUUCUAAGCCCUUUAACUGAGGAGAGUUUUCUGCAGCUUGUCUCUAGUGGCAGGGUCCAUGUCAGAUUGUACCGGGUGCUGGACUAAAUCAUUGUAACACCUCAUGGUUCAAUUUAGUCUAGUAAAGCAACACUGCAAACUAGUCAGUAAAUCCCCUCUAACAAGUAAGAACUGAAAGAGUAUUUUUUUCUUAGAUUGCAUUAGAAUAAAUUGGUUCGUUUGUGUAUAAAUCUAUUUUUGAAUGGUGUUUUCGGUUUACGCUGUUAUGAAUGGACGAUCUUUUUUCCACAGAUGUCAGUUUUUAAUUGCUUGGUAUUUCGUUAAGACAGAUAACCAAAUUAAUUAACAGAAACCUCAGCCUGGACUAUUAAAAAAAUGGUAAAGAGUUUGCAAAGUAUUUACUUUUCUGUAUGUUAUUUAAAAAGAGUGAACUAUUGUGUCUGUCAUCAUGUCACAUAAAUCUGAAGGUCUCACUAUAAGCUGAUGUGCCCGAAUUGAUUUGAGUGUUGUUAAUUUGUUCAUGGUGAUGGGAACUGUAAAGCAGCUUAAUUUGUUAAAACCUUUUCAGAUUGUUUAGUUUUCCAUAUGGUACACAGACUAGAACUGUUUUCAUUGUCACUGCAUCAGUGUCAAAGUAAAGUUUCUGUUUGUUUUAUGGCUCCAUUGACAAAGGGUGUGCGAAAUGCUGUGGUUUCUUUCUAACUUUUCACUAAACACAGCUUCUGACGGGAACCAAAUCAUAUCAAAUCUACUUAUCACAACAUGCUGUUAACUAGAGGUCUAGACUUUGCCAAAAAAAAAGUAUCCAGUUUGUUUUAUUACAUUCAGUGUUCUUAAAACUAUCCAUGCCUACCUGUUGUCUCUUCAGAUAUAUUACCAGCCAUUUAACAUCAGCACAAGUUUGAGCUUACUUUGUUUUACAGAACAUUUUUAUUGAUUAACAUUGAAUUAGUAUGAAUUGAGUCUUAAUAAAAUAUGAUGUAAUGCAAAA